CCAUGACACCCCAGUGCCAGGAACCUUUAAACUCUGGCCGGGGUUUCGUUCAUGGCGGCGUGCCUUAGUCCUGCCCUUGGUGACAGCUCAAGCAUCAGUGGCCAGCAAACGUGGGUGGCAGGUGCUGAUGGGUCGGCGUGGGCCAUGUCAGCCUUUUUGUACGCAAGCCAUUUGAGCAACGAUCUGCUGCCAGUGGCCGCCGUUGUUCCUUGUCAGGGUCUGUAGAAGAAAGUCCUAUCGAUGCUGCCAUGAGGGCGUUCCGAGUCGGAGCCUUGUCAGACUCUCUCUCCAUGCAUGUCCUGCCCUGGCCAGAUACAAGUAUAUCGGCCAGCCUUCACCCUCGGUGACCCCAGGCCCUCAGAUUCAUUUAUUUUUCCCUUUGAAUAUUCCCGGCUCCGGCUUAUUACUUGACUGCCAUCCACAUCUUCGUGAGGUCGCUGCUCACCACCGAAAGAAGACUGCGGUCCAGACCUUCCCUCCCCGGUGACUUUCCUUCAGUCGUUCACAUGAUGAACUCACCCAAUGUUCCGUCAACACCCUCGGCCACGCCGUCUCCGGCGACCAUGACCACCUCAAAUACACCCUCUGCUGUUUCCGCCCCGUCGACCAACGCGAGGGGAGCAAAUCGACGUCCACCCAAGCUUCGGUCGUCGUGUGAUGCCUGUGGGGCGGCCAAGGUGCGCUGCGACAAGACACAACCUCGAUGUGGCCGCUGUGCGGCUGGCGGCAUCACCUGCGUGUACGGACUGUCGAGGAAAUUCGGCAAGGCCCCGAGAAAGAAGGCGCCGGCUGAGACAGGAAUUUCCGAGAAUCCGGCGUCGAAAGCAGUGGCCCAGAACACACACCAGAGCAGCCUCCAAUGCUUCCCAGAUUAUCGUUCCUUGUCCGGUGGCACAGCAAGGGCGGUCAAGUACGAGCCCCGGUCAGCCACGUCGCCCAGCUUCGGGCUCGAGGACAGCCUCAUGGCCUUCACCAGCCAUGGCGGCCACGACAUGUUCAUGCCCUCCCCAGACAGCAUGGACAGCUUCAACGACCCCUUCUCGUUUUCGGACGCGCCGCAUGGCCACAAUGCGAUACUCCGAGCAGGCCCACGGCACCACGGAACCGUGGAUCCUCUGGACCUGACCUUCUCGGCGCCAGACUACUCGACCUUCUCGGAAUGGAUCCAGCACGACGACCUGAUGCACACCCCGGAGAGCCAGCCCGCCAGCGACGCUGACUCGGGCGCCCACAUCACAGCACACCGCCUGCCCACCUCCUUCUCCAGCGCGUCGCUCGAGCCCUUCGCGCCGUCCGAGGGGGUGACCACCCCCGCGGCGGCGGCCAGCAGCAGCAGCAGCAGCAGCAGCACGAGCCUGCUGCAGGCGGACUCGCACCACUGCCAGAAGCUGGCCUACGCCACGCUGGACAGCCUCAGCGUGCGGCAGGACGGGGCCGAGCAGCACCACCUCACGCAGACCAUGGACAAGGUGCUCAACCGGAACAAGCAGGCCGUCGACAACAUGCGCCAGCUGCUCGCCUGCCCCUGCUCGCGGUCCCCGCACCUCGCCAUGCUGUACGCGAGCAUCACGUCCAAGAUCCUCAUGUGGUACCAGCUCGCCGCCGGCUGCGCCAAGCCCGCCGCCACAACCACCACCGCGACGUGGGACAGCUUCCCGCCGCUGGACGGUUGCAGCAGUGGCGGUAUUGGUCGUGGCGGUGUUGGAAGUGGUGCUACCGGGCACCAUACUUCUCCUCAUGAUGUCCACCACCACCACCACCACAACCAGCCCACACCGCCGUUGAGCGCGUCGUCCUCGCCGGCGGCCACGUCCGCCACUCCCGCGGCGAGCCCCGUCGCGGCGCAGGCGCAGGCGCAGCAGCACAAGGGCUUCGUCGUCACGCCGAUGCAGUUCUCCGUGGGCGCGUUCAGCGUCGACGACGAGGCGGCCCAGGAGGCCCUCCGGACCCAGCUGCUCCUCAGCGAGCUCAGGAAGGCCGGUCACCUCAUCGACCUCCUCUGCAUGCAGGGCGGCCGCCCCGGGGAGCCCGCCGCCGCGGCCGCCGCUUGCGGUGCUGCGCCCGGUGGCGAGGUAAACGAUAUCUACUCAGCGCUGGGCACGUGGCUCAAGUGCGAGCUGAACAGGACUGUUGGGUCGCUGCAGUCGUGAGGUUUGCUUCGGGGGUGCUGGUGGUGAACUCCGGUCCCCCUUUCUUCGUCUCCUUUCUUUCUUUCUUUCUUUCUUUAUAGAGACGUCUAUGAUGAUCCCUUAUGUAAGUCGACGGCGUUGUGACUGUGCUUAGUGUUGCUUUUGUUUCUUCUCUCCUUGGGCGGAAUGAGUCUGGAUUUACACGGCCGCAGGUUGGGUCUGAAAAUACACAGGUUGGGCGGUGUUUUGUUUUCGUUUGGUCUUCUGCGGUCCGCCUGCUAAGGACUGCGCCGUCUUGCUUCUCAAGGCCGGCUUGCAAGUGACUGUAUCGUGACGCGAUCGGAUAUCGCCUCCGUCAACAGGAAAGGGAGGAACUUUGUCUUGUUUAGAGUACAUCAUGUGCGGGAGAUGAGUCGCGCUGGUGGAUUGACCUGUUGAGAGAGUGACAGGUGAGGAUUUAGCAAGAGGAAGAGGCCGCAGCCAUCAACUGCUGCAGAGCCCGACCUUGACUCGACAGAUCGGCCUGGGUGAGCCGUGAUAGAAUCAUGCUGUGUUGUUCAACAGCUUCAAUGGAAACUAGAGCAGUUGGCUUUACACCUCAUGGAUCUUCUCUUGAUUUCCUCGCCAUGUGAACGUGGUGAC